AUGAGCCAGAGGGAGGGAAGUCUGGAAGACCCCAAGGCUGACUCCUCAGUCUCACUCCUUCCCCACCUGGAGGCCAAGAUCCGUCAGACUCACAGCCUUGCCCGUCUCCUCACCAAAUAUGCUGAACAGUUGUUCCAGGAAUAUGUGACCGCCGCCGCCGCCGCCGCCGCCUCCACGGGCGUCUUCCAGGCUAAGGUGCUGGGAUUUCGCGUGUGCGGCCUCUACCGCGAGUGGGUGAGCCGCACAGAGGGCGACCUCAGCCAGCUGGUGCCGGGGGGCCCUGCCUGAACGCAGGCUGCGGGGGCGCAGCUCUUGCUGCUGUCUUCUCUGUCUGUCUGCCUCUGAACGUCUUCAUUUCAAAUCUCUGUCUCUGGCUGUGCCCAUUUCUCUGCCUCUAUUUGUCUUGUUCUCUUUUUCUCUCUCU